AUUUGUUUUUGUUAUUUCCAUUCAUUCAUCACACGCAGUUAUUUAAUUCGUAGUUUUUUAGUAAAUUCAAUGUUAAAACUAAAACAAAUCUACACUUUAAAGUGUAUAGCGCAACGAUAUGUAGUUUCCAAAACUUGCUGCCGUUCAGUGCAUAAUUCCCACUCAGCAAAUGCGGAUGAAUUUGAUGUUUUGGUUAUAGGCGGAGGUCACGGUGGCUGCGAAGCAGCUGCUGCCUCAGCUCGCAUGGGCGCAAAAACCGGCUUAGUUACCCACAAAAAGGAAACCAUUGGUGAAAUGUCCUGUAAUCCUUCAUUUGGCGGCAUUGGCAAGGGCCAUUUGAUGCGAGAAAUUGACGCCCUAGGAGGUCUGUGCGGUAGAAUGUGUGACAAAUCUGGAGUGCAAUACAAAGUGCUCAAUCGGCGUCGAGGGCCAGCUGUUUGGGGACCCAGAGCUCAAAUAGACCGAAAAUUGUAUAAGAAAGCCAUACAGGAGGAGAUGUUUGAUAUGAAAAAUUUGCAAAUAAUUUGUGCUGCCGUUGAUGACUUGUUGAUAGAGCCCUCGCAUGAAGGAAGUGGUGCACUACACUGUAAAGGUGUAAUCUUACAAAAUGGUGAGAUAAUUAGAAGCAAUGCUGUUGUCCUGGCCACUGGAACAUUUUUGAGAGCAAAUAUAAAUUUUGGCUUAGAAGUAAGACCGGCAGGAAGAAUGGGUGAUGCUCCAGCAAUGGCUUUGGGCACGAAUCUGGAAAAUCUGGGAUUUGCCAUGGGACGUUUGAAGACUGGUACACCUCCCAGAAUAGCCAAAAAUAGCAUAGAUUAUAGUAGACUUGCCAAACAUCUGGGCGAUGAUCCGCCAAGACCUUUCUCAUUUAUGAAUGAACAGGUUUGGAUAAAAGCCUGCGAUCAAUUGCCAUGCUAUUUGACCUAUACCUCUCUGAAAGUUAAUCAGAUUGUUAAGGAUAAUAUGCAUGUGAAUCGCCAUGUGAGUGAAGAAAUUAAUGGUCCUCGCUACUGUCCCUCCAUAGAGUCGAAGGUACUGCGUUUUGGUGAAAAGCAGCAUCAGAUAUGGCUAGAACCUGAGGGUUUAGAUAGUGAUUUGAUAUAUCCCCAAGGUCUGUCCUGCACCUUGCCUUAUGAACAGCAAGUGGAGUUGGUUCACAGCAUUGAGGGCUUGGAAAUUGCCAAAGUGAUACAACCUGGCUAUGGUGUGGAAUAUGAUUUUAUAGACCCCAGGGAGUUGUAUGCCAGUUUGGAAACUAAACGAGUGGCUAACUUGUAUUUUGCUGGACAAAUUAAUGGCACCACUGGCUAUGAAGAGGCUGCUGCCCAAGGCAUAAUAGCGGGAGCCAAUGCAGCAGCAAAGACAACCCGUCGCCUGGGUGACAAAGAGGCAGAACAAUUGGUGGUGAGUAGAACUGAAGGUUACAUUGGAGUGCUUAUAGAUGACCUUACCAGCCUGGGCACCAAUGAACCCUAUCGUAUGUUUACCUCCCGGGCGGAGUUUCGUUUGACCUUGAGGCCAGACAAUGCCGAUAUACGAUUAACAGAAAAAGGCUAUCAGUUUGGCCUGGUUACCCCAGAGCAAUAUGAAUGUUUUAAAAAAACCGAAAGCCAAUUGGAAAAUGCUAAGGAAUUUCUUAAAAGCCUAAAGAAACAUAGCAAUUAUUGGCGCUCCUCUUUGGGGAUAAGCAAGGCCAAAACUUCAGUAGAAAAAACUGCUUUUGAUAUGCUGGGCAUACCAGCAGACGAUAUCACUUUGGAGAAACUCAUUGCCAUAAUGCCCAAGGAAAUGGAACAGCUGAAAGACAUAGUAGGCCCCUUGGCUGAGAGAAUAAAAAUUGAGGCCUUAUAUGCCCAUUUUGUGGAGGAACAAUCCAAGGAUGUCAAUGAAGUGCGUAGAGAGGAGAGCCUUAUUAUACCCAAGGACAUAGACUACUUCUCCAAAACCCUGAGUCUAUCGAAUGAAGAACGCCAAAAACUCACAAUGAUACAGCCACAGACAAUAGCGGCUGCAAGUCGCAUACAGGGUGUUACCCCCUCCACCAUAGUGAGAAUAUUGAAAUAUGUCAAAAGGCAAGAGGAACCCAAAGCUGCAAAGAUUUUAAGUUGAUAAGCAGUUAUGAGAAAAGUACUCUCGAAUUCAAAAUAGAAAAACCGUUACCUUUAGCUGUUAUUUAGUUUAAACUAAUCUAAGUAAAGAUAUGGCAACACUGAAACAAUAAAAAUAAACAAACGAAAAACA